AUGUUAUUACGACGACUAUUACCCGGUGGCGCCACAUCUUCAAUCACAUCGAUGCCGUCGAUAUUAACGAGCUUCAUACUGCUAGCGGCUCUCACUGCACUGCCGGCCCAGGCAGCUGAUGUGCUGGAAACUAGUGGCUUUUCGACAUGUCUCGACGGCUCGGAUAUCGUGGUGCAGAGAAUGAACAUCAAGUACGAUAGGGCCGCCGGAAAGGUGACCUUCGACCUGGCCGGCAUAUCGGAGCAGGAACAGAAGGUGCAGGCCAUCUUGAAGGUCACCGCGUAUGGAAGGGAUGUGUACUCGACCGAAUUCGACCCCUGUGAGAAGGGGAUCGCGCAGCUGUGUCCAGUACCGAAGGGAACUUUCGCGGCCAAGGAUGCGAUCGAUAUUACUCCAGAGAUCGCUGCAAAUGUGCCCGACAUCGCCUUCAAGAUUCCGGACUUGGACGGUGUCGCGACGCUGCAAUUGAGGUCCAAGUCGGAUAAUGCCGAGCUCGCUUGUCUGACGUCGGUGGUCGCCAACGGAAAGACCAUGAACGUGCCGGAAGGAAAAUACAUUUCUGCGGGUAUCGCGGCGGCUGCGCUACUGCUGUCGGGAAUCUCGGCGCUCGGCGCGGGUGCUGGGGGAACGGCUGCCGGCUCUUCACCGAACUUUGGUGACGUCCUGUUUUGGUUCCAGAGCAUCGCCAUGGAUGGCAUGCUCAGCGUGAGCUAUCCCAGCGUCUACCGGUCGUUCACCGACAACUUCCAGUGGAGCACUGGUCUCCUCUCGUGGGACAACAUGCAGGUGUCGAUCGAUAAUUUCCGCGCAGGCACGGGAGGAAACACCACGGAAAUGUCGAUCGAGUACCUGCUCAAGAACAAGACGCUGGUGUACGAUCCGAGUUUCGCCAACGGCACGUCGAAUAAGGUGUCGAAGCGCGAUCUCGAGUAUGCGUUCGGGGGGCUCUGGGCGCGUGAGGACGUCAACGUCUCGGUCAACGGUACCAAUAUGGACGGAACCGCUGCCAACGAGACUGAGGCGCAGAACGACAAGGUCAUGACGUAUGUCCACGGUAUUCAGGCAAAGGUCGAGACGCUCAGGAUCCCGUCGGCGAAUACGUUCAUGACGGUGCUGCUCAUCUUCUGCAUCGUCAUUGCUGCCGUCUGCGUGUGCAUUCUGCUGUUCAAGGUUAUCCUCGAGGUCUGGGCGCUGUUUGCGUCGUUUCCGAAGGCGUUGACCGGGUUCCGAAAGAGAUACUGGAUGUUCUUGAUGACGACGAUUGUUCGGAUUAUCUUGAUCUUGUACGGCACUUGGACUCUCUACUGCCUCUACCAGUUCCGGAACGGUGAUUCCUGGGGAGCCCACAUCCUCGCCGGAGUCACGCUCACCACGUUCACUGCGAUUCUCGGCUUCUUCGCGUGGCGCAUCUUCGUCGUAGCUCGACACACCAAGAAAUCGGCAGAAGGGCAGGAGCAGCUGUUCAUCCACAAGCCGUACAUGCGCAAGUACGGACUGUUCUACGACCAAUUCAAGUCCAACUUCUGGUGGAUCUUCUUCCCGUUGAUCAUCUACGCCUUCGCCAAGGGAGCGUUCAUCGCGCUCGGUGACGGACACGGACUCAUCCAGACGGUUGGACAGCUGGCGUGCGAGAUGCUGCUGCUCGUGCUGCUGCUCUGGAAUAGGCCCUACAACACUAAGGCUGGAAACGUCCUCAAUAUCAUCAUCUCCUGCGUCCGCGUGCUGUCUGUCGUGUGUCUUAUCGUGUUUGUCGACCAGCUCGGCAUCGCCGCCGACACCAAGACGAUUACUGGUGUCGCGCUCAUCGCGAUCCAAUCCACCCUCACCGCCGUCCUCGCGAUCUGCAUCGCCGUGAACGCGAUCUACGCCAUGUGCAAACAAAACCCGCACACACAAAAGCGCAAGGAAGCCGAAAAGCUACGGGAGGCCGACCUAACUCCACUCGACGCGCGCAACUCGCUGCUCUCGGGCGCCUACGGCCGCGACGGGAAGGGUCACUACCAGCCCACCCCGCAGGACAACUUCUACUUCAACAACGAUGACGCCGCGCAGAGCACCGGGACCAUCCCGCUGCACUCGCUCGACCCCAUGCAUCAUCAGCGCAACUACUCGGCUGCGUCCAAGCGCGGACUCGUCGAUGCUGCCUCGCCCAUGGCGAUGAGCCAUGUUCCGCUUAGUGGGACGACGAGUGAGAGACACACCGGCGCGUUCGAUAAUAGGAGGGCCCAGAGUGGCGCCUUUGAUGACUUCUCCCACAGCGCUAGGCCGCCGCCGCAGGCGUACUAG